UUGAGCCAGCGAGUACUGUAGCACGACCAAGCUGUGAGGUUUGGUAAACACUAGAGCAGGACUAAUACUAUGGGAAACUGCUGCAAAAGAGGAGUGCCGCUGAUCGUCCGGGAGCCGGGGGCAGUCGUGGGCCUGACAGCCAUCCAGGACGCCGUAUCGGGCUCCGUCACUCUCCGGUGGGUGCCCCCCAUGGAACGCGGAGACGACGUUACUAGUUACGAUGUCCGCUUCAAGCCAGUCGGAGCCGCUCACUACACGUACGCACCUCCAGUCGACGAUCUGGGGAGGCUGGAGAUCACGCUGACUCGAACGGACGGUCUUCCUCCACUCACCCACUGCAACUUUGACGUGAGAGCCAAGAUCAACGAGAAUCCAGGCCCGUGGGGCGGACUGGUGCAGUUCGUAGAGUGGACUUGUCGACUGCCGGAUGUUUCAGGAGCAGACGGUGCAUAUCACGAAAACAUAUCUCUGCAUUUUGCAGCCGGGAUCACGCCAAACAGUGCGGUUAGCAGUAAACCAACUGCUGAUCAUGCAACGCAUAAUUACGUAGCUAUUAUUUUCGUGUCAGCGAUGGAAUGCUGCUUGUUUCGGGAGUGCCCGCUGCCAAAGUCAAGAGGGGAAGGAUCAGAGUACCACUUUUGCAACCUUUUCCACCUCAGGAUGGCCAAACUCAGAAAUUUGUCAGCACUGCUCGAGUUAAAUGGACCAAACGACAAAUUCAAGGAGCUUUGCAAACUGUUUGCAAAGAAACGGGCAAAGGGGAGUGCCCCUGUAGUCCAGUCGGUGUUGCAGGUCGUUAAUCCUUCGGUCGAGGAACGUUUCCAGGCCUACAUCGAGAGCCUUCCGCGGCGACAUCGGAAGGUGGAGCAGUAUUUCCACGGGACAUCACUAGCCUGCAAUAUUCUGGAGCAUCUCGUGAUCUGCAGUGAAUUCUCACAGUCUAUGGACGAGUGUGGAGCGUGUGACAUCAUUCAGAGUGGGUUUGAGACUAGAAAGAUCGGGAAUCGGUGGCAGAGAUUCGGUCCAGGGUUUUACCUCUCCUCGAAAUCCUCAAGGCUGGAGACUACUGCCACGGAAAUAGCAGUUCAAGUGCAAUCUUUCUCUGCGAUGUAGCUCCGGGGAGAAAGUAUGAGUUGAGAACUAACAACCCGGGCUUGACUGCACCUCCUCCCGAAUAUCAUUCUGUCUUUGGGAAGAGCAAGUUUCUGGGGGCCAUUGGUGACCUGAACUACGAUGAAAUAGUGUUGCAUAGACCAGAGGCCAUCUACCCACGAUACCUUUUUAUAGUUCAAUCUUGAAAUUUUGUAUGUGCUUGUCUCUCAAAAUUUUUAACCCCCG